AUGGUCGCGACUUUUUCACCUCACCGUGAUGCGGGUGGUACCCUCCAUCUGCCGUCCCACACGGGAAUCCAUCACGUUGAUGCCAGCUCGGCCAUUCGCCAGUUGCGACGAUCACUGUCGCGAUCCCCUUCCAAGAGUUCCAACUUCUCGUUUCUCACAUCCCGGAACCAAUCUCCCUCCAAAACAACGCCAUAUAUCUCAUCUCCUCUGUCGCCCUCGCGACGCUCCUCGCAAAACAACUUCGUACUCUUUCCAAGCUCCUCUCACCAAUCCCCAUUCGCCGUGCCAUAUCCUCCAAGCGCCAAAAUCACUCGACCGGUAAUGCGCCGUGUGCGGACCUCUCCGAGGAGUCCUGCUAAACGCGCCUUAAACAUUUCUGCUGACCAGGGCAACACGAAGCCUGCACAGUCGGUCCCAACCACACCCGACGUGGAGAAUUUCCCAUCAGCGCAGGGCGUGAGCGUGCAGUUAGAUGAUGAUACAAGCGGGAAUGGCUGUUCAACUACUCCAGCUGGAUAUCCGGAGACCGCUACUCUUUCGCCGCGUCCACCUCUAUCUCGAGUCGAGAAGCGGCGGAGUGGGACCUUUGGCUCGUAUGCAACGGUCAGCCCUCUGAAGCGCAGCGACGGAAUAAUGAAUCUUGAUCGGGCCUCUCGUGGUAGUCCGUCGGCCAAGAGGCGGAGUGUUCACACGGCCAACCUCUCUAAUGAGUUUAGUAUCUUCGACAGCGAGGAUGCACCUGCGACUGUCGAUGAAGCCGCAGGCGAGUCGCUGACGGAUGACGAGACACCCUCGUUCCCCCCUUCUGUUACCCCAUUCAGCCCUUUUGCCACGAUCCCGAAACGCUCCUCUUCUCUGCGACGCUCAACGCUCCAGCAACGCCAAAGCGAUCGCUCUAUUUUCUCUCGACCAAAAGCCAUGGGCGAGGUCGAAGCCUCGGACAACGGCUCUCCCCUGAGUCCUCGCCCGCGUCUUUCCCUGGAUAACAACCUCUUCCAACCAAGUCGCGAUAACUUGUUCCCUCCCCGACCGGCCCCGGCCAGCCCUCUGUUCUCGUCAACAAACAAUGCUAACGGGCAGCCACGGCCGAACGCGCACCCACUUUCACGGACCAUUACGCAGUCGUCAUCGAGUUCAAGCUUGGUAGAUGACUCGCCAACCCAUGAACCCGUUCAUAAGACUGACCGUCCCAGAGGGGUGUUCAAUUUCUCCAAAUCGCUCCCUGCAGGUGCCACCCGACCAGGGGCCGUUCGUCCACUGACCCGCGAGGACUCGACGUCUUCCAUGGAUUCAUUCGCAACCCCAGAGAACUACAAGCUCGUGAAACCUCUACCAGCUGCUUUCAUGUCCACCGGGCUCAUCUCGAAAAAGAAUCGCAAUGCCGAGGACCCCCAAAACAUGAUGGGUUUCAGCAAAAAUAUGCCUGACACGCCGUGCAAACGACCCGUCAAUCUAUUCCCCACCGGACAGAAAGCGCAGCCGGAGCUGUCCUUGGGCAGAUCAACACUCGGUCGACCAUCGGAUGCAACACCCCAGUCUCCAUCCAACCCUCUUAGCACACGACCUAAGCUAGGCCCGUUCGCCCGGGGCAUGGGUAUCUUUGGAAACUCAUUCAAUCGACCGGAGGCCUCGCGUCGCGGUAGCUUUGUCAGUGUAGACGGUGACGAAGGAAUGCAAUCGCAGUCCCCAUCAGCCCGGCAUGAUAGCCAGCCACUCAGUGAAUACGACCUUCCUCCGACACCGACCAAGCAAACCUUCUUCCCAUCGCGCACCUACCCCCCAGCCACCUCGCAGAUAGCUUCUCUUGAGAGACUGUCGGAGGCUAUGGGGACGAACUCGAGCCCUCUCCAUGACAGAUUCCAACGUGGAUCCCCGCGCACUCCGCAGGAUAAUCUCUUUCCACCUGAUCCGAGCGGCCUGUCGAUCUCCGCGCCCAAUGACCAACAUUCUAUCAAGACGGACUUCAAUUCCUCGGAAUUGCCAGCCACCCCGACUGGUCCGCGAGAGUCCUUGCUCCAGUCUGGGAAGAGAACCAGCUUGACCCUGAGUGGAUAUCAUGCGCCUGACGUCGAUCCGAGCCUGACUUCACGCUUUGAGAAGGUGGAACUUACCGGUACGGGAGAAUUUUCCCAGGUUUACCGCGUGGCCGAGCCUCACGACCAAGGCGUAGCGUCGAUAUUCUCAGGUCGGCUCAAAUCCCCGAAGCCAGUGCUUGAGCAGGUGUGGGCAGUCAAGAAAUCCAAGCAACCCUACUCCGGAUUGAAAGACCGCGAGCGUCGCAUUCGAGAGGUCGACGUGCUCAAAUCUCUGACGAAUUCCGAUCACAUUAUCUCUUUCAUGGACAGCUGGGAAGAAAACGGCCAUCUGUAUAUCCAAACCGAGUUCUGCGAAGAGGGAAGCUUGGAUGUUUUCCUUGCCCAAGUUGGACUGAAGGCGCGGUUGGAUGAUUUCAGGAUCUGGAAGAUUCUGCUUGAGUUGUCUAUAGGACUAAAACACAUUCACGACAUGGGAUUUAUCCAUCUCGACCUCAAGCCGGCCAACAUCCUAAUUACAUUCGAGGGUGUUUUGAAAAUCGCCGAUUUCGGUAUGGCUACGCGGUGGCCUGCCGACCAUGGAAUCGACGGCGAAGGAGACCGCGAAUACAUUGGCCCGGAGAUCUUAAUGGGCCGUUACGACAAACCCGCGGACAUAUUUUCCUUGGGUCUGAUUAUGUUUGAAAUUGCCGGGAACGUUGAACUUCCGGACAAUGGUCUUUCGUGGCAGAAGCUUCGAAAUGGCGACACCAGCGAUGUUCCCAGCUUAACGUGGAGUUCCGAGACUGGCGUUUUCCGAGACGCGUCCGGCAACCCCGUGUCCGAAGAACCGUCCUUUGAAGAAUUGUGUGCCUCGGACUUUGGUGACGAUGCAUUUGGCGACGACAGUUUCCUCGGCGGAUCUGGCGAGCGAAAAGCUGCACCCCUGGCUCGGUCUGGCGAACUGGUCGACCCCCCAAACUUCAUGAUUGAUGCCGGCCAUGCGCAAGCCUUGGACAGAAUCGUGCGGUGGAUGAUCUCUCCGGAGCCGUUUGAUCGGCCCACGGCAGAUCAAGUUUUGGAGACGUACGGCGUCCAAUUUGUGGGACGUCGCCGCCGCGCUGGAGCCACAGUCUACGAAGGCAACUGGGGCCCGGCGGACGAAAUGCUCGCUGAGGACGCCGAGAUGAUCGACGUCUGA